GUCGCUCUCGCUUCAAUGCUGUAAACUCAAGACUCGUCGCACGCAUCCGCCGCCGUCCCAACAGCCUGGCGCACCCUUUACUCGUUUCUUGUUCAAUUAUUUCUUUCUUUCCUUUUUUUCCUGUGACACUCAAAGCCACAGAAACGAGGACAGAGCAAGCCAACAUCCGUCGCUUACCUGCAUGAGGAGUGUGCGCGUUUCGGAAGAAUAAGCCGAAACCCGCGUUCGAGAGACCCACGGGCUUUCGCACGCCGACGAGGAGCGCGCCGACGCAAUCACCAGCCUGCGCUGCCGUCGCCGACCCCCCCUGACCUAGACAACGUUGUCGCAAUCAUGUUCCGCCAACGAACAAGUUCACAAAAACCAGGGGACGACCUGCUUGCCAACUUCAGGCAGCAAUUUCCUGAAGUGGCAGCGGUCGGCUCAACUGCCUCCACAGCCGGUCCGGCAAGGACCGCAACCGCUGGGCAUGCGCAUGCUGAUGUUCCCGGCCCUGCGCCAGAAAGGUCCCACAGCAUCAGCCAUGAAGCCUUCCGGGACCAAGACCCGACCCCAAGGGGUUCGAACGACCCCUGGCGCUUCACUCCGUCAUUGCUAGACCCGGCCUCCUUUUCGUUCGCCAACUUCGCCAACCAGGCGCCCGGCUACUAUACGCCCACUUCGGGGGGGACAAAUACCAUCUACCAUCCGCAGGCUGGCGAUCUUCACACACCCACGCUGGGGUUGGGGAUGGGCCUUGGAACCCCGUUGUCAAUGCCGAACUCUGAGGGUGCGGCGCACGCAGGCGCUGGGCCAAUGGACAUGACCGGCUUCCACCAAGGCUUCCACCCCCAACAGUUCCAGCAGUUCACCACCCCCUUCAUCCAGGCCCCUCCGCCGCAAUCCUCGUUCGCUCCGUCGUCGUUCAUGCACCACGAUACUGGGUACGAGACGAUGGACCAGGGGUCGCCAAUAGACUCAGACCACGCCGAGGAGCGGAUCGGAUCCAUCGAUGGCAAUCUUCAGAGCCAAUCUCCCAUGGUGUCUUUCCAAGCCAGGCAGUUUGGGAUGCCCAUGUCGGUACCCCUUCCGGCAUCGGCUGAAAAGUUCCGUUUCCACGCGGCCCUCAACGCGCCGACCGCCAUGAUCAAGCAUGCCGACGAGAUUCCGGUUACCUAUCUGAACAAGGGCCAGGCUUACUCGCUUUCCAUCGUCGAUACCACGCCUACGCUGCCCAUUGCCCCGGGCACGCGAUUCAGGACGUUCGUGAGGGUUUCGUUCGAGGACGAGCAGCAACGGCAGAAGCCAGGGGUAUGCUGGAGCCUGUGGAAGGAAGGACGUGGAACCAACGAAGCCCAUCAACGAGGAGGAAAACUGCAAGCGGUCGAGUAUGUUGAGGCCGGGCAGCCUGCAGAAGGCGACGACAAGAAGACGCGCAUCGAGCUCGAGACGUCGUCUUUUGACGGAUUCUCGGUCAUCUGGACUCCCGGUGUGAACGGCGCGGUCGAGUGCAACAUUGCGGUCCGCUUCAACUUCCUCUCUACGGAUUUCAGCCAUUCCAAGGGCGUCAAGGGCAUUCCGGUCAGGCUCUGCGCCAAGACACAGCAGCUGCCGGCUGAUACCUCAUCGCCCGGAGACAGCACCAACGCCCCCGAGAUCUGUUACUGCAAGGUCAAGCUGUUCCGCGACCACGGCGCAGAGCGCAAGCUCUCUAAUGACGUCGCGCACGUCCGCAAGACCAUCGACAAGAUCAAGCAGCAGAUCGCCCAGGCAGAGAGCGGCAUGAAGGACUUCGGCAAGCGGAAGCGAGCCGGCGGGUCACAGUUGAAGGGCCAAAACGGGCAACGGCCCGGCAAGGCGCACAAGCACAAACGCACAUGGUCCAUGUCGUCUGCCAGCUCCGGAGGCGGCGGCCCGCGCGUUACCCUUGAAGAAGACCUUCACUUCAAGCUCCAGACCCUUCAGGACAUGUUCACCAGCACGCGUCCUGUGAGCGUGCUAUACCUGCGCGGCGAGGAGCUCGACGACCCGGACCUCCACCCGGUCUCCCUUCCCGGCGAAUCACUCGAGCUCGGCAAGGUCGAGUCCCGCGAUAGCGUCGCCUGGCGCAGCGAGCGCGGCUCAAUCACGGGCUCCUCCCUCGUGUCGCCCUCGCCGAGCUCCCUCUCACUACACUCGCAAAACUCGGCGGGCAACAAGCCCCAGUGGCAGGACUACCAGAUCGGCGGCGGCAGUGGCAGCGGCGCAACCUCCUCCGAGCCGUCCUCACGCGACCUCCACAACGGCCGGCCGACCAAGGUCCGCCAGGUCGACGAGGCGGGCAACCUCACGGGCUGGAUCGAAGCCCUGGGCGUCGACGCCAACUACCACCCGCCGGCCGACCGGCGUCCCAAGCCCGUGGCGUGCUUCUACGUCGCGCUCCGCCGCAGCUCGCCCGACCAGGCGGGCGGUCAGCCCUACCAAGAACUGCACCGCGCCGUCUACCUGAUGCAGCGCACCGCGCGCGACCUGGUCGCCCGCCUGGCAGCCAAGUGGCGCUUUGACGCGUCCCGCGUCGUGCGCACUGUGCACGUCGUCGAACCCCGCGGGCUGGAGGUCGAGGUGGAUGACGACGUGGUCAGGGAGCUGCCCGAGGGUCUGGACAUGACCUUGGAGAUCGUCGAGGUCCCUACCGCUGCCGCGGGUGGGGAAGUCGUCAAGAAGGAAUGGGACGCCAUGGCAGUGGAUGACGCGCCCGGGGAGGCGGACCUGCCCUCUCCGGACAGUUCUGGUGCGCUAGGAUAUGUCCAGCACCAGCAGCUGCAGGGUAAGACGGGGGCGAUAGAGUUGAAGCUGAGGUAUUAAAGAGUUCUCAAAUAGGUGCUGGAGGGUCUGUCACCUUUUACUUAUUAAUACCCUCUUCCCCCCCAACCCCCCCACCCCCUUCAAAACCAAACCAAAUCAAUAAAACACGCCCCCUUCUUCUCUCGGGUUAGUGGCCGAGACGAAGAAAUGAUGGUAGUACAUGACCGUGGCGGUCGGUAUCUUGAAUGGGGGCGAGGAUAGCAUGCCUAGGCGCGUGCGUAGUGGAUGAAUAUGAGUCUGGUGUAAGGCCUGGGGCCUUUCUGUUAAAGAGGAACGAGAUAGAUGAAUGGAUGGAUGGAUGGAUGGAAUGGGUCGAUGGAUGGCGCUUGCUUGAGAGGCACAUGAACAAAAGAACGCGGCUUGGGUUUCACCCCGUCGGUAGGUGCGCGCGCGCGCGCACUUUGGGGCGUUCGGCUUAUUAUGAAAGGGGGACUUGACUUUUCUGGUCUGAAGCUUCUCUUUCUUGCUC